UGCUGAUACAUUAUUCACGGAAAAAACUAUUGCAUAUUAAAUUUAGCAAAAUUGAUACAAAAAAACGAAGUAGAAGGAUAUAAUUUUCUUCUAUACUUUUAAUUGAAGAUAAUAUCACAUUGUUUCUGUAAUGUUCUGAGAAAUAACAAAAUAUUAUCGCGUGCGAAGAUAAAAAAUAUGAAGAAGACUCCGAUAAUAACACACCGUGCAACCCUCGACUAUACAUUGUAUCUUGCGAAACUUCUCGGGUUGUUCGAAAUCGACAAAGAGCCGCUUAGUAAGUACGUGGUGGUUACUUUGUUCAGAAUAUUCAAUUGGAUUGUAGUUAUGCUUAUUGUCGUGGCUAAUGCUGCCGAUUUUUGCAUAAACAUUGACAACUUUCAUGAAGUGUCUUAUAAUUUGGGUUACAUAUUUCCGUUUGUGAUGACGGAAUUGAAGUCAGUGGUGAUUUAUCUUCAGCAAAAUAAAAUUCGACGGCUUAUUAAUGAUAUUCACGGGCCUAUUUCAUUGUUAAAGUAUUCUUCAGAUUUAGGGGUCCUUACAAUUAUCAGAACUGCAAUAGUGUUCCAAAACUUCGACUACACUAUAUUUGUCCUCGCAUCGAUCUCCGUACUAGGCCUAGGUGUCCUUCCAAUAAAAUUAUUCCUAAACACCCGUGAAUUCCCAGUCCGGGGAUCAUUUCCAUUCAACGAAACCCAGAGCCCAAUAUUCGAAAUAAUUUUGGGCAGUCAAUGCUACGGAUUAGUCAUCGCCUGUAUGUGGAUCCUCGUCUUCGACACAUCGCUUCUAGGAUUUAUCCGAUGGAUCAACGUGCAAUUGAUUAUCCUCCAAGCGAAUUUCCGUCAUUGCAAUGACAUCACCACAUCUCGCGCCAGUCUUUCAGUAUCUCAGCAAAACUACAACAUCAUCCAGGCUUACCAAUUCUUAAAAGUCCCCGAGGAGCAAGAGGAAAUCCUGUCCUUUGUGCCGUUUACUCUCGAAGAAGUUAACCUUCCAGCUGAUUCAUUUCUUCUGAGAUUCCGAGCUUGUGUCAUCAAUCAUCGACGGCUCAUCGACAAUCUCAACGACUGCAAUAGCUUGUUCACCGUUGUGUUGUUUGGACAGAUAUUUUCAAGUUGUAUUCUUAUCUGCGUUGGACUUUUCGUCCUUGUUGUGUCACUACACGAAAACAGAAACAUCUUCAAAGAUAUUGUUAUGUUGGGAUGCGGAUUGGUCCAUUUAUUUUACUGGUGCAUCUACGGCGAUCAACUGAUGAUUGAGAACGACAAAUUAUGGAUCAGUAUUUACGAAUGUGGCUGGGAAAAUCAUUUAUCUAGAAAAUCUAAACGACUUAUAUUGAACGGUUUAACACAAGGAUUGACUCCUAUGAAAAUGACCGCUGGAGCCUUUUUUGUCUUUUCUAUGCAAACAUACUUAUCGGUUAUAAAAACUUCGUACUCCUAUUUCGCACUUCUCACCAAUACGGCGUCUAAUGACCCCUGAGUUUACAAUAUCAGUUCUCCACCUGCUGGCCAGAUGGCGUAAGUAGGCAAUUCUCUACAGCUGAUUGUAACUUAUUAUUUCUUCUAUACUUAGUAAAAUAUUUUUCUAUAAUGUACAAAAUUUGUUGGAUCAGUAAUAAAAGUUUAUCUAAUACAU